AACUUAGCAUCCUCCGAAGAAUGCUAUUGAUCUCCAUACUACUGGUACUAGACUGGUAUACUGUAUAAUAGUAGUAUAGAGAUCACUGCGUAAUGGGGUCACAAUAAUUACGCUGUGAAAGCUGUGUACGAAGAAAUAGUUGUAUUGAGUGACACGAGAAUAAUAGUCCACCACAAAAAAUAGUGAGAAACAUGGUGAACAGUGUGUGUAAGGCGAGAAGACAAAGAUCUGAUUAUAUGGCAGUGAUAAAAAGUGGUGGUGCGGCGUCCAAACCAGAUGCGAGGAAACGCAGAGCAGCAAAUCAUUCAUGGAGCCCAAGGACAGCAUGGCCACAGCAACUGCCAGAACGUGCCAUUACGAUACAGCGGGAUGACAGCACGGAGACAGAGCCUGCGCCUCCUCUCGUCCUACCGAUGGAGCUGGACCUGCCCAUAAUGCAGCAGCUGAUGCCUUCGACAUCUGGUUAUUGGCCUCCGGCGGUGGAUGCAUACAAUCCUGGUUGUUUUCUGGGGGAUGUUUCCACAACAGCAAAGGCCGGAUGGUGGGGUACGACCGGAAGCUUGACGUCUCCUGCAGCCACAGCUUCCGGUCCACUCCAGUGUUAGCUCUCCGACCUGCCCCGCCGUUGUCGUGCUCCCUACGUGACAGCUGUCCAUCACUUUGGGAUGGGGGGGGGGGAUGUUCUGGCGUAACAUGAAGUGCCAGCACAUUGGACUGGAACGUUAUAGCAGCAGAGAGGGCUGUAAGCCAACGUCAGCCAAUGGUACACUGACUAGGACGACACCACAACAGGAGCAGCCCCAUAUGAAGAGAUUCUAAGUGCUGCUCCGCCUAGCCAUGGGCACUAGAACAUGAGCCAUCGUCCAAACACUUUAGCCGUGAUUUGUAAACUGUACUAUUUGCUUGCAUGGCCUUCACUUGCGACACCACUUUGUAAAUAUGUAAAGUAAUGUAUUGUCAAUUUAACUUAGUGUAAUAAACUCCAUUAAUAAGACUUC